AUGGGGCAGUCCCUGUCGGAACCGGAAACCUCGAAACAAUCGGCCUUUUGUCAGAAUGAUUACUACAAGGUCGGUUCUAGCUGCAUGCAGGGUUGGCGAAUGCACAUGGAAGAUUCGCACACGCACAUACUCUCGCUCCCCGAUGACCCCGGGACGUCCUUCUUUGCCGUGUACGAUGGGCACGGGGGAGCGAAGGUGGCCGAAUAUGCGGGGAAACAUCUGCACAAGUACGUUACCCGCCGACCGGAGUAUGGCAAUGACGUAAAGCACGCCCUGCAGCAAGGAUUCCUUGAUUUAGACGAAGCGAUGCUGAACAAUGAGGCUUUGCGGGAGCAGAUGUCCGGAUCGACGGCUGUAGUGGUGCUCAUCAAAGACAACCGGCUUUACUGUGCAAACGCGGGAGAUUCUCGAGCGAUCGCAUGUCUCGACGGACAUUUAGAUGUGCUGUCUUUCGACCACAAGCCAACCAACGAAAAGGAAAGGGAACGAAUAAACAGCGCGGGUGGAUACGUGGAGUACAAUCGGGUAAAUGGAUAUUUGGCGCUAUCGCGUGCAUUGGGAGAUUUUGGUUUAAAGCGCAACACACAAAUAUUACCCUCGGAGCAAAUGGUAACAGCGUACCCGGAUGUGGAAGAGCGCGAAGUAACGGAAAGCUGGGACUUCCUCGUUAUCGCUUGCGAUGGCAUAUGGGAUGUGCUAUCUAGCCAGGCCGUGCUUGAGUUUGUGCAGGAAGAAAUUGCUCAAGGUAUCUAUCCGCAGCAGAUUUGUGAAAAUUUGAUGAUGCGCUGCUUGGCUCCAGACUGUCAGAUGGGGGGCAUCGGAGGCGACAACAUGACGGUAAUCGUUGUAUGCUUCUUACAUGGUCAACCGUACGAGGAGCUUGUCAAUCGAUGCAAGGAAGCCAUCGCAAAGCGUCAGGCACGUUCGAAAAAACGGCGCAGCCAUUCAAAUCGCUCGCAUGAAAGUGAAGCUGAGGAGCAUUCGGGCAAAAGUCCCAGCUCGGUAGCACCAAUAGCCGAAGGAACCGGUAAGCCAGGUAAUGGACGCUUGGAGGACGAUUCAUCUGGAAGUGAGAGCGAACGUUCGGAGGACGUACAAGUACCCUUGUUGGUGACGAAGUCAAACGGUAACGAGAAUGUCGCGGAACACGCAUUAACCAGUAACGGAGAACAAGCAGCCGAUAAACCAUCAACUUCGCAACAAACGACGCCGUCGAAAUCAGUGGACGUAAAGCAAAAGCAGGAGCAAUCGGACAGUAAUAACGAGAGUGCAGAUGAUACCAGUGAAGAGAUUGAUCUAAAGUAG